AUGCUGGUGGUCCUGCUGACAGCGGCCCUGCUGGCCCUGAGCUCGGUUCAGAGCUCAACUCAAGAGCAACAAGGUCCACCACCACAAGGUCAGCGGCCUCCUCCCGGUCCUCCUCCUCCUCCUCCUCCUCCUCCUCCUCCUGGAGGUGAGCAGGCACCAGAAGGAGAUCAACAAAAUGUCCAUACUCGUUCCUUGAAAAAACCUGGCCCACCACCACCAGGCCAGGGGCCUCCUCGCCCUCCUCCUCCUCCUCCUCCUCCUGGUAGUGAGCAGGCACCCGAAGAAGGAGAGCAUGAGCAGGCACCUGAAGAAGGAGAGGAGCAAGACCGCCUCACUCGUUCCUUGAAGAAACCAGGCCCACCACCACCAGGCCAGGGGCCUCCUCGCCCUCCUCCUCCUCCUCCUCCUCCUCCUCCUCCUGGUAGUGAGCAGGCACCUGAAGAAGGAGAGGAGCAAGACCGCCUCACUCGUUCCUUGAAGAAACCAGGCCCAAAACCACCAGGCCAGGGGCCUCCUCGCCCUCCUCCUCCUCCUCCUCCUCCUCCUGGUAGUGAGCAGGCACCUGAAGAAGGAGAGCAGCAAGACCGCCUCACUCGUUCCUUGAAGAAACCAGGCCCAAAACCACCAGGCCAGGGGCCUCCUCGCCCUCCUCCUCCUCCUCCUCCUCCUCCUCCUCCUGGUAGUGAGCAGGCACCUGAAGAAGGAGAGCAGCAAGAUCGCCUCACUCGUUCCUUGAGGAAACCAGGCCCACCACCACCAGGCCAGGGUGAGCAGGCACCUGAAGAAGGAGAGCAGCAAGACCGCCUCACUCGUUCCUUGAAGAAACCAGGCCCAAAACCACCAGGCCAGGGGCCUCCUCGCCCUCCUCCUCCUCCUGGUAGUGAGCAGGCACCCGAAGAAGGAGAGGAGCAACUUCGCCUCACUCGUUCCUUGAGGAAACCAGGCCCACCACCACCAGGCCAGGGGCCUCCUCGCCCUCCCCCUCCUCCUCCUCCUCCUCCUCCUCCUCCUGGUAGUGAGCAGGCACCUGAAGAAGGAGAGCAGCAAGACCGCCUCACUCGUUCCUUGAAAAAACCUGGCCCACCACCACCAGGCCAGGGGCCUCCUCGCCCUCCUCCUCCUCCUCCUCCUCCUCCUGGUAGUGAGCAGGCACCCGAAGAAGGAGAGGAGCAACUUCGCCUCACUCGUUCCUUGAGGAAACCAGGCCCACCACCACCAGGCCAGGGGCCUCCUCGCCCUCCCCCUCCUCCUCUUCCUCCUCCUCCUCCUCCUGGUAGUGAGCAGGCACCUGAAGAAGGAGAGCAGCAAGACCGCCUCACUCGUUCCUUGAAGAAACCUGGCCCACCACCACCAGGCCAGGGGCCUCCUCGCCCUCCUCCUCCUCCUCCUCCUCCUCCUCCUCCUGGUAGUGAGCCGGCACCUGAAGGAGAGCAGCAAGAUCGCCUCACUCGUUCCUUGAGGAAACCAGGCCCACCACCACCAGGCCAGGGUGAGCAGGCACCCGAAGAAGGAGAGCAGCAAGAUCGCCUCACUCGCUCCUUGAAGAAACCAGGCCCACCACCACCAGGCCAGGGGACUCCUCGCCCUCCUCCUCCUCCUCCUCCUCCUCCUCCUGGUAGUGAGCAGGCACCUGAAGAAGGAGAGCAGCAAGAUCGCCUCACUCGUUCCUUGAAGAAACCAGGCCCACCACCACCAGGCCAGGGGCCUCCUCGCCCUCCUCCUCCUCCUCCUCCUGGUAGUGAGCAGGCACCUGAAGAAGGAGAGCAGCAAGACCGCCUCACUCGUUCCUUGAAGAAACCAGGCCCAAAACCACCAGGCCAGGGGCCUCCUCGCCCUCCUCCUCCUCCUCCUCCUCCUCCUGGUAGUGAGCAGGCACCCGAAGAAGGAGAGCAUGAGCAGGCACCUGAAGAAGGAGAGCAGCAAGAUCGCCUCACUCGCUCCUUGAAGAAACCAGGCCCACCACCACCAGGCCAGGGGCCUCCUCGCCCUCCUCCUCCUCCUCCUCUUCCUCCUGGUAGUGAGCAGGCACCUGAAGAAGGAGAGCAGCAAGAUCGCCUCACUCGUUCCUUGAGGAAACCAGGCCCACCACCACCAGGCCAGGGGCCUCCUCGCCCUCCUCCUCCUCCUCCAAACCAGCAAGGAUCUUAA